AUGCUGACUGAUAAUGAUACUGACUCCGCCGUGUGCCCGCAGAGGGAGUUCGCCGCUGCCGCACGCCGGCGCCGCGUAGCGCGCGCGCGCCGCCCGCGCCGCAGCCGGCCGGCGCCAGGCCUGCUCGGUAACUUGUAUGCGCGGAUUAUAGCCGACUUGCCGUUGCAUAAAGUGACAGAAUAUCGCGAUAUUCAGUCAAAGCGCGAUUUUAUACAGUCGGUGGGUAUGCAAAGGGAGCGCUCGCUCGCCGCGCGCCGUCCGCGUCGC